UCCGUCUGGAUUUGCUUUUGCCUCUGUGAUUUCUUUGCAGUGCCCAUCCGUAUUGCCAGAGGAGCAGAGCCACGGGUCGAGGAGCCGAGCGACAAGCUCAGGUGCUCUUCUGCUGGCCUUGUGGGCAAUGGCAGGGACUUCAGGCCUGGGCAUUUAAGCAUUGCCCUCUUCUCUUUUGAGGUGCCAGCCCGGUAACCUUUGGCAAGAAAUGAGCGUCCCAGGUGUGCCAUGCAGUGGGAGCUGCAAGCUGCACCUCUUGCUGAAGACAGUGACACAAGGAGUUUCCUUUCUUGGAGCUGACAAAGAGAAGAACCCAGGGACUGCAGGAAGCCCUGAGGCAGCUGAAGGGACAUGCUUUUGGAAGGUGGGAUGCAAGCGUUGGUUUGGGCUAUCGGCACCGGAGGGCAGACGAGCAAGGUCAGCAUUUUCCAUCCAGCCUGUAUCCAAAGUUUUCUCUGGCCCUUCUUGUCAGUGGUCAUUCUAUGAGAGUGUUUUUGCUCUUUUGUUUCGAGGUGGGAUGCAAGCGUUGGUUUGGGCUAUCGGCACCAGAGGGCAGACGAACAAGGUCGGGAUGCAGGUGGUUUUUGGGGCUAACAGCACUGGAGUGCAGACAAAAAAGAAUGGGAAGGAGGUCCUUGCAGUAAGAGUGCUCAUCCGUAUUGCCAGAGGAGCAGAGCCACGGGUCGAGGAGCCGAGCGACAAGCUCAGGUGCUCUUCUGCUGGCCUUGUGGGCAAUGGCAGGGACUUCAGGCCUGGGCAUUUAAGCAUUGCCCUCUUCUCUUUGGAGGUGCCAGCCCGGUAACCUUUGGCAAGAAAUGAGCGUCCCAGGUGAGUCGGGGAGGUAUCGAGGAGGAGCAGGGGUCCAGGGAAGGGUCAGAAAUGCCACUGAAAGCUUUUGUUCCCUGUUCCAGGUGUGCCAUGCAGUGGGAGCUGCAAGCUGCACCUCUUGCUGAAGACAGUGACACAAGGAGGUGGGUGCACUUAGGAGACGGUGAGUGUGGGAACGGUUGGCG